GUCAGAAGUGCAUUUUAUCCAAUUUUUCAGUUGUUUUAAUUGUUUAAACCUAGCUAAUUACUUUUAAGCUUCGUUAUCAUCGAUUUUGGUCUGUCUGUGCCCCUUUUGGUGCACAACCACACACUUACUUUGAACGAAGGAUACAACGAACGCCCAAACAGAGGCCUGUGGCUAGGAAAAACAACAAACAAAAGGCUACAGCAGACGACUACCACACAGAGAUAGAAAACAAAAACAAUGUCGGAAACAUACGAUUACCUGUUCAAGUUCCUGAUAAUUGGAAGCGCUGGCAGCGGCAAGAGCUGUCUGUUGCAUCAUUUCAUCGAAAGCAAAUUCAAAGACGACAGCUCGCACACCAUUGGUGUGGAGUUUGGCUCGCGCAUUGUGAAUGUGGGCGGGAAAUCGGUGAAGCUGCAAAUAUGGGAUACAGCCGGACAGGAGAGGUUUCGAUCUGUGACCAGGUCCUAUUAUCGUGGAGCUGCAGGUGCCCUGCUGGUUUACGAUGCCACAUCGCGGGACUCCUUCAAUGCCUUGACCAAUUGGCUCAAUGAUGCGAGGACAUUGGCCAGCCCGAACAUUGUUAUUCUGCUGGUUGGGAACAAGAAGGACCUGGAGGAGGCACGCGAUGUAACAUUUCUCGAGGCCAGCACCUUUGCCCAGGAGAACGAGCUCAUCUUCUUGGAAACGAGCGCCAAGACUGGCGAGAACGUCGAGGAGGCCUUCCUGAAGUGCUCCAAGACCAUACUGGCAAAGAUAGAAACAGGCGAGCUGGACCCCGAGCGCAUCGGCAGUGGCAUACAAUACGGCGGGGCCGCUCUACGCAAUCUACAGACUCGACAACGAAGCAUCAACAAGCCAGAUUGCACCUGUCGCGUGUAGAGCCUGUCUGUCGCAUCGUGUAGUCACCAGCUACUUACUUCUGGCGCAUCGUAUUAUAAUAAGCGAGCAAAUUAAUCUCUAUUUUAUCCCCGUACUCGGAAUGUGACCUAAGUUUUAUUGUGUAUGCAGGGCAGGGCAGUGCCUGGACUCAUUUUUGGUCCAUCUCAAUUCGUUUAGUUUGUGUUUGUCUCGUUAGUUUUAAUCAUUCCAAAAUGUAAGCAGAAUUGCUCUUCUGAUCUUUUGAACAUAUAUAUUUUAACCAUUUGUUGUCUCCUCCUUCAACGUUACUUACUCUAAUUUGUAGUUUGUAAGGCACUUAAUAAUGUAUCUACAGAGGCCGGAGCAUAACUCGGAUCGAAUGCAUCAAAGAAUGCAUGCACUCUGCAUUUUAUUGUAAAUACAAAAAUGGCAUUCACGUCGUUGACGACGUAGCCCAUCCGAUUGUAAAUCUAACUUAAAAUGUGCAUUAUAACGCGGUAAAUAAAAUCGCAUGCAA